AUGUCGACCUAUAACUCUUCUUCUUCUUCUUGUUCAUCUUCUACCUCUUCACUCCCUCUCGACCUCCUCCACAAUGUCCUCUCUCGGCUACCCACUAUAUCGCUCCUCGAGCUCCAGUCCGUCUGCAGACAAUGGCGCGACAUCAUCGACGAUCCGCACUUCACCGCCAUGCACGCUACCAGCGGCGUCGAAAGUCCCCGGAUUCUGCUGCUCUCAGAGCCAAGCCGCGGCGUGGAGGCCCCCCAAUUCGCGGUGGACGAUGAGUUCCUGGUGACUUCACUCCCCAUAUCGGUCGUGAGGCCGUGGGUCCACGCAGCUGGAGCUUCAUCUCACGGGUUGCACUGCUUUAUGGACCUCCGCGACGGCGCGACCUAUCUCCUUAACUCUCUGACCCGAGCAAUCGUCCCGAUGCCAAGCUUCGACCCGUUGGGCGGACUGUGGUGCCCAUGCCAUAUCGGAAUCGGAGUGGACCGCCUGACCGGCCGGUACAAGAUCGUGCGCGUGAGCUACUUGAACGACGACUCAGUCGUCGCACAAAGGGCAGAGGUCCUUGAUCAGGGCUCGCAGUCAUGGAGGGACAUAGCGAGCGUCCCUCCCAGACUCCUCCCCAGAAACCCCAUGUUCGUUGCCGGAUCGAUCCACUGGUUAGUCGCCGGCCAAGGCGGUGUCGUCGGGAUCUCUUCCUUCGGCAUCGCAAAGGAGGAGUUCGACUGGACUCCAUGCCCGGCGCUCCAAAACGCCUUCCUGGUGGAUGUCCAGGGAGUGCUGGGGCUCGCCCACCGCUCGCCCAAGAGGGGCGACUUUGUGGGUGAUGGAGGAGAGUCGGCGGUGGGUGAAGGUGCAUGGUGUCCGGCCGAGGAGUCCCUGCUACCUUAA